AAUUGAAUUAAAGUUGUAAAAUGCCUGGGAGUUUAACACUGACCGAGCAGGUUUUCAAUAGCUUUUUCUUUUUUUUCCCUCCGAAGAUCUGUCAGUUAAUGAAUGGAUCUGAUCGAGCUGAGAAAGAAUAUGCUAGAGACAUGCCUUUGAGUAAAAUUUUUGCUGCCUUUUUGCAGUGAAGCCUUUUGGUUUGAGUAAUUCCGAUCCAGUUGACGUCUGGUCAGAAUUAGAGAGAUUUGCCGAGACUUCCGAUUUCUUGCUGCAUGACUGCCUUUGCUGCAAGUGCCAAAUUUGCAGCCUUGAACCUGAUGCCACAGGAGAUGUCUUGCAGUGCUGAGACUUGACGGUUUUUAGGAUGCGUUCCUCCAAACCAGAGUUGUGGCAUGAGGAUAGAAGCUCUGAGGUGGGCAAUAGAAAAUGCAAGCCUGCUCCAAGCCCCUAGCAUUUAAGCCCAGAUGAUUUAUUAGCUUUCCCCUACCAACACACACAAUGUAUAUAUUUUCCUUAUUCACAUUGCUUUUAGGCUAGUAGAAGUAGAAGAAAGCCACAAGGAGUCAGAAAGACUGCAAGAAGGAAUGGAAAUGGGAUUUGUUUCUGACCAGAUGAAAUUUGGGUGUUAAAUCACUGAUGCAGGUCAAUGGUAGGGUUCCCCCUCCACUCCCCACUGGCUUUUAAUCAGCCUGGGUGUCUUCUCCCCUAAAGGAUGAAGAGUACUGACAGCCAUCGCUGCUUAUAAUCAGUAACUCUGAUGCUUGGAGUGUUGGCGAUGAGAUAUUUCCAUGAGACCUAUUUAGAUCUCUCCGCUUCUACCAGGCUAGUUUUGCAGAACGUUGGGAAUAAGCGGUAUGUCAGAUAUGGCUGAGACUCCGAAGAUGAUCUGCAUGCUUUACAUUUUUCACAAAUUUUGGGAAAUAAAAUGUACGCUUGCUGCUCCACAGUAACUUUGGAACAGGACCUCAACAAAAAAAUGCAUAUCUGGAUGCUGCAGACGAUCGCGUUUGCUUUAACAUCGCUAGUCCUUUCGUGGGCAGAAAGCAUCGAGUAUUAUGGAGAAAUCUGUGAUAAUGCGUGUCCUUGUGAGGAGAAGGACAGCAUCCUAACAGUGAGCUGUGAAAACAGAGGGAUCAUCAGCCUUUUUGAGAUCAGUCCACCGAGGUUCCCUGUCUACCACCUCUUGUUGUCUGGGAACCUUUUGAACAGGCUGUACCCAAACCAAUUUGUUAAUUACACGGGGGCUUCGAUUUUGCAUCUAGGGAGCAAUGACAUACAAGACAUUGAAACAGGGGCCUUUCAUGGUCUGAGAGGCUUAAGAAGGCUACACUUGAACAAUAACAAGCUGGAACUUCUACGAGACGACACUUUCCUUGGUCUAGAGAGUUUGGAAUACCUACAGGUUGAUUAUAAUUAUAUUAGCAUCAUUGAACCUAAUGCCUUCAGCAAACUGCAUUUGCUGCAGGUGCUGAUUCUCAAUGAUAACCUCCUCUCCAGUUUGCCCAACAACCUUUUCCGUUUUGUGCCCUUAACUCACUUGGAUCUGAGGGGUAACCGGCUGAAGCUGUUGCCCUAUGUGGGCCUUUUGCAGCACAUGGAUAAAGUGGUGGAGCUGCAGCUGGAGGAAAACCCCUGGAAUUGUUCUUGUGAGUUGAUUGCUCUAAAGGAUUGGCUAGACAGUAUCUCCUACUCUGCACUGGUGGGAGAUGUGGUUUGUGAGACCCCUUUUCGCUUACAUGGUCGAGAUUUGGAUGAAGUUUCCAAGCAGGAGCUUUGCCCCAGGAGACUCAUCUCGGAUUACGAAAUGAGACCACAGACACCAUUGAGCACCACAGGGUAUUUCCACACUACCCCAGCCUCAGUCAACUCUGUGGCCACUUCUUCUUCAGCUGUUUACAAAUCCCCCUUGAAGCCCCCCAAAGGGACCCGCCAACCCAACAAGACGAGGGUGCGACCCACCUCCCGUCUGCCCUCCAAAGACCUGGGAUACAGCAACUACGGACCCAGCAUUGCCUACCAGACCAAAUCCCCGGUGCCUUUGGAGUGUCCCACUGCCUGCACUUGCAACUUGCAGAUUUCUGACCUGGGCCUCAAUGUCAAUUGUCAGGAGAGGAAGAUUGAGAGCAUUUCUGAGCUACAGCCCAAACCUUAUAAUCCUAAGAAGAUGUAUCUGACAGAAAACUACAUCGCUCUGGUACGCAGGGCAGAUUUUGUGGAUGCCACCGGGCUGGAUUUACUGCACCUGGGCAAUAAUCGUAUCUCGGUCAUUCAGGACCGGGCUUUUGGGGAUUUAACUAAUUUGCGAAGGCUGUACCUGAAUGGGAACCGGAUCGAGCGGCUGAGCCCAGAGCUGUUCUAUGGGCUACAAAGCCUACAGUACCUUUUCCUGCAGUAUAAUGUCAUCCGGGAGAUAGAGGCGGGCACCUUUGAACCUGUCCCCAACCUUCAGCUCUUGUUUUUGAAUAACAAUCUUCUGAGAUCUUUGCCUGGGAACAUUUUUUCUGGUCUCUCCCUCUACAGGCUGAGCCUGCGGAGCAACCACUUCUCCUACCUGCCAGUGAGCGGGGUGCUGGACCAGCUGAAAUCCUUGCUGCAGAUCGACCUACACGAGAACCCCUGGGACUGUACCUGCGACGUGGUAGGCAUGAAGCUGUGGCUGGAGCAGCUUAACACUGGUGUCCUGGUGGACCAGGUGAUCUGCGAGUCCCCGAAGAAAUUCGCCCAGAGCGACAUGCGAGCUGUCCGGGCAGAGCUGCUGUGCCCCGACUACUCGGACAUCGUCGUCUCCACGCCCACGCCGUCCCCGGGCCAGCUCCCGGCCAGGACCACCCCCUCCUCCUCCACCGUGCGCCUCAAUGGCACGGCGGCGGUGGGCGGCUCCACGCCUGCGGGCGGCGGCGGCGGCGGCUCCUCGGUGCCGCUCUCGGUGCUGAUCCUCAGCCUGCUGCUGGUCUUCAUCAUGUCGGUCUUCGUGGCGGCGGGGCUCUUCGUGUUAGUGAUGAAGCGGCGCAAGAAGGGCCAGGGUGACCACGCCAGCGCCAACAACUCCGACGUGAGCUCCUUCAACAUGCAGUACAGCGUCUACAGCGGCGCCCACCACCACCACCACCACCCGCACCUCCAGCAGCACCCUCCCCACCGCGGCGGCGGCGGCGGGGGGGGCGUAGUGCUGCCCAAAGUGAAGACCCCCGCCGGUCACGUCUACGAGUACAUCCCGCACCCCUUGGGCCACAUGUGCAAAAAUCCCAUCUACCGCUCCCGGGAGGGCAACGCGGGCGAGGAUUAUAAAGACCUCCACGAGCUCAAGGUCACCUACAGCAGCCACCCCCUGCAAGCUGGGGGGGGCACCCAGCCUCCCCCGCCGCCCCCGCCGCCGACGGCGCCCGGCGGGGAGGAUGCGCCUGGGCGCAGCCCCGCGUACAGCGUGAGCACCAUCGAGCCGCGAGAGGAGCUGCUCUCCCCGGUGCAAGACGCCGAUCGCUUUUACAGGGGCAUUUUGGAGCCCGACAAACACUCCUCCUCCUCCACGCUGGGCACAGCCGGCUCCUCCCUCCCCGACUACCCCAAGCUCCCCGCCGCCUACACCUAUUCCCCCAACUAUGACCUUAGGCGUCCCCACCAGUACUUGCACCCGGGGCCGGGGGACGGCAGGCUCCGGGAGACGGUGCUCUACAGUCCCCCGAGUACUGUCUAUGUAGAGCCCAACAGGAACGAGUACCUGGAGCUAAAAGCAAAACUAAACGCAGAGCCGGACUACCUCGAAGUGCUGGAAAAACAGACCACAUUCAGCCAGUUCUGAGAAACAGUGCUUCUCCCCUUUCCCCGCCAACCACAGCAGCUCCUUCUCUAGAGUAUUUGUAUUUAAUAACCACAUGCAAAACAAAGAAACAUAAAUGCUGACCUCCCCCUGCCCCACCUCACCCCCCUCUUUUUUCCCCUUAAAUUCAUUUUAUUGUAGGGUGAAGUGCCUUGGCACGGGAUUUUUCAGCUUUUGGGAAUGAUUCUGAAAGAGUGUGCUGUUUAUUUUAUUUCAUUUUCGGCUGCCUUUAUUUUUUUAUUAUUUUUUUUUUAUUUUUUAUUUUUUACUCUGGAAGUAGAAAACCACCUAUUAUGUAAACUGGGCACAACACUGGUAUUGUGCAUGAGUCUAUGUGUGCUUGGGAAAGGUGGCAGGAGGGUCUUGUCAGGUCAUAUUCAGGUUACAAGUACAAAAGUCAUGGUCCUUGUGUUUUUUUUUUUGUUUGUUUUGUUUUGUUUUGUUUUGUUUUGUGUGUCAGUGUUUUUGUUUUGUUUUGUUUUCUUUUAAACCAACAUUGUUUAGUUUUAUUUUCUUUCUGGUUAUGUACAGCGCACAUUUUCCCCUUUUAGCCAUGUUAGCCAUGGGUGAGUUUAAAUGGCUUUUAUGGAGAGAUUAGCACACCCCGACUUUAAUACAAGGUUUCCUUUUUUUAAGGAUGUGUUUGUAUGCUUUCUGGACUUUUGAAUUAAAAUAUAUAUAUAUAUAUUAUGAUCUUUAAAAGGAUCGCUGUAGAUGUGGACAAAUCAUUAAAGAGUGCAGAGAUAUAUGAUCCAUAACUGGGUAGUGAAAAUAACUUAUUGAUGAAAUAUAAAAAAAAUAUUUUAUUGUAGCACCUAUUUUUAUAUGCACAUUAGCAUUUCUCUUUCCUUCACUAUUUUAGGAACAAAUCCUGCAAAUUCUUACUCACUGAAGUAUCUUUACUUGUGAAAGAAGUCCCAGCUUAAACCUUCAUCCUGCAGGCACUUAAGCACAUGAAAAACUUUAAUCAUGUGUGUAACCCUGCAGAGCAUUAAUAUACUCAUCAUUCUUACAAGUAAAACUACUGGGACUUUUUUUUUUUUUUUUUUUUUUUUUUUUUCCAGGAUGGGUUCCAAAGUCUGCAGAUGCUCUGAAGUGUUGCACUACAUUGAGAGCUGCUUUUUUUUUUUUUUCCUUUUUUUUUCUCAAAGCCAAUACAGUAUCAUGAUAACCUUAUAAAUCAUUAUACAUAAUCCCAAUUAAGACCAAAUCUUAACAGACAAUCUAAGACAUAUAACCUGUUCACAAUAGGAAAAAAUGAUGUUUCUUUAUGCUAAAAUAUACGUUUUAGCAACCUCCUGCUCAGGCAUCUAGUGGGGCAAGCUAGUGAGGGACAUGUAGUAGGCAUUCAUUUUAACAGGAAAAAAAAUGCUUUGGUUUUAUCAGUAUUCUUUCUCUUUUUUGUUGUUCCCCCUUUUUCUUUCUUUCUUUCUUU